GAUAUUUUCAAGGAUUAUUUGAAAAACAUCAAGAUUAAAAGACCCUUCUUUGUUCUCUCUUUACAUAUAACCUGAAAUUCUCAGUUUGUUCUACAGAUUUUAGCAAUGACAAAGACAAGAACUGAUCGGAAACCACCACUUCCAAGAUCUCCGAUUCAUGUCCGAUCAGGGCGAGUUCUUAGACCCAGUAUUUUCAUCAACACUGCACAAUCUCAACAGGGUUCUUUAAUGAAAACCAUACCAAUGGAAUUACAGAUCUUACCAGAUGACAAAAUCUGGUGUGGAAUUCGGGAAAUGGCUAAGAUUUCGGAGAAUGGCGAAAAUGGGGUUAAUUUGUUUAAAAGGGGAAGGUUUUAUGAUGAGUAUGCUGUUAGAAGGAAUGAGAGGUUGAAGAUGAAGCAAAUUAGUGAAGUUAAUGAGGAGAAAAUUGAGGUUGUUGAUAAAGAAGUGGAUUUGGGAUUUGAGAAAAAGAGGGAUUUGAAGAAAUUUAAUGAUUCGAAAAGUUUGAUUUCAAGAACUCCAUUGAUUGAGAGGAAAGAGAAUAUAAAUCAGAAUUCGAAUUCUAGGUAUAUGUUGAGAAGUAUGACGAAGGAGAUGAAGAAACCGGCCUCGUCUUUGCCGCCGUUGGGUUCGACUAGCUCGGUCGGAGGAGAAAGGAAGACCGUCGGCCGCCGUGGCCGGAAAAUUUGAUAAUUUCUUUUAAAUUUUGAGUUAUAGUUUGAAAAUGGGAAUACUUAUUUGGAAACUUAUAAAAUGAAAAUAAAAAUGA